GUAAUGACAGUCCUCGCUCGCUCUUUUCGCGAGAUGAAAAAAAUCUGAAAGCAACACCACCAUGAGCAUGUUACAAAACAUCCGACUGCUCCCCAUGACGACGGCGACGCUGGCAGCUCGUCGCUCGCUGCAUACGACAGCCGUCAGCGCCAAAGCCCAAUCCGGCCGGUACAAAAUCUCACCCAAGGGCGACCGGCCACUCACGUACGAAAUGGCCAACCCGCCGCACCUGAUUGCCCAUCGGAAAGCGUGGAACUCUUGGAAUACUUCCAACCUGGAGGGUGAACUGCGGCCCUCGCAAACGAUGCUGGAGGAUGAGUUCAUCCGGCGCUUCAUGACUGGCACUUGGCACGGGCUGGUCCUGUCGGAAGUGAUCAUCAAACGGCAGUACAACCACGUCCGGAUAGCGGCCAUUCUGCGCCGGGGCAUAACGCCCCGGAAGAUGUACUUCCUCGUCGGGUACUGCGAGGAACUGCUGGCCUACUGGUUGCAGUGCCCGGUCACGCUCGAACUGCAAACCACCGACGACCGGAAGGAUGUAGUAUUCAAGUAUAUCUAGAGCCUGCUGG